GAAUGGCGCGAAACUAAUUCAUUUUCGUACCGGAAAAUUUGAAACCACGCCAGUCAUAGAUGCUCUGCAGAAUUUCAGUUUCAAAUCUCUGGAAUAGUGCGUUCUGUUUCGCUGCUCUCUGCUAUUAGGGUUAAGAUUUCUGAACUGCACACAGAGCGAGAACAAGCAUGCAUUCGAGCGAGUUCGACGGCGCCGCAGCCUUCUCCGGUGGUGGCUUUAUGCCGUCUCAGGCAACUCAAGGCCAUGAACCUUCCUUCUCCUAUUCCAAGAAUCGUGAUGCUCAAUCAUUGCUUCCUCUGACGGUCAAGCAGAUAAAUGAUGCUUUUCAGUCAAGUGAUGAUAAGUCUAAUAUGAUUAUCGACGGCGUGGAUGUGAAUAAUGUCACUCUUGUAGGAAGGGUGUGCAACAAAGCUGGAAGGAUUACUGAUGUUACAUUUGUACUAGAUGAUGGGACUGGAAGAAUUGAGUGCAGUAAAUGGCUCCAGGAAGAUGUAGACGCCAAUGAAGCGGAGGGUCUCAGGGAUGGAAUGUAUGUGCGCUUACAUGGACACUUGAAAGGUUUUCAGGGAAAAAGGACCUUAAACGUAUUCUCUUUUAGGCCUUUGAGCGACUUUAACGAGAUUGCAAGUCACUUCAUCGAUUGUAUAUACGUCCAUCUCUAUAAUACCAGGAUACGGAAUAGUGUGCCGAAUCAGCAAUCUAUGAACAAUUCCUUACCUAUUAAUCCCACAAGAGGUUAUCAAGCUGCCCCUUCAACUCAAUUCUCUGGUCAGCACAACAAUGGUCAGAAGAGUGUUGAAGAUAUGGUCUUGGAUAUCUUGCAUCUUCCCUCGAACAGGGCAAAAGAGGAGGGUGUCUCUCGGGAUCUUAUUGCACAGCAUCUUGGACUUCCUUUGGAUAAGCUCAUGUUAUCCAUAAAAAAUCUUAUUGAGGAAGGCGCCAUAUAUGAAGCUAUAGCUGAUCAUUACAAGUCAAUCAUCAAUGGUUGACAUCUUGUCAACGACUUUGAUCCUUAUCUGAGCCGGUCUGGUAAUGAUUAUCCAUUGGAUAGUUGACUCUGCUUAACCCCGUAUCAUCGGAGCAGCUGCGUUAAAUACGGAGAGAAGCUAAACCUUCUUAGUACCAGACCUUGAUGUUACUGUUUCUAGUGUUCUUUUUACUCGCUAACUAAUGAUGGUAUGAGUUAGUACAGAUUAAAUGAUAUGUAAUUAACCUGCCUUGUAAAGGGGUUUGUCAUGAAUGAUAGGACCUUUGUUGAGGGGCUUUUGUUUGGGGGACCGGUAGUUAUCUUGCAACUAUAUUAUGUAGUGAGAAGCCGAAGUACUUUUUGAGCCUAUAGAAGCUGAAUGGAUUGCUAGAGGAAUUCUGAAA